UCAUUCAUCAAAUUCUUCUUCUUCAUUAUCACCCUCUCCAUCAUCAUCAUCAUCAUCAGUAGCAACAGUUGCUGUUGCUGCACAAGCAGCUGUUGUUCAAACCAGAAUACUUGAAAUGCGAAAAGAAAAAAGUCGUGAUGCAGCCCGUUCUAGACGUGGUAAAGAGAAUCAUGAAUUUUAUGAAUUGGCCAAAAUGUUACCAUUGCCGGCAGCUAUUACAUCACAGUUAGACAAAGCAUCAAUAAUACGUUUAACAAUAAGCUAUCUAAAAUUACGUGAAUUCUCACAGAAUGGUGAACCAUCAUGGAAUAAUGCAUUGAGCAGUAUGAGUGCAUUGAAAUGUAAAGCAAAUAGUAUAUUUGAAAGUCAUCAAGGCACACAUAUCCUGCAAUCAUUGGAUGGAUUUGCAUUCGCUUUGGGACAAGAUGGUAGAUUUCUAUAUAUUUCUGAAACGGUAUCCAUUUAUCUUGGUUUAAGUCAAGUUGAAAUGACUGGAUCAAGUAUUUUUGAUUAUACACAUCAACAAGAUCAUACAGAAUUGGCUGAACAAUUGGGUCUGAGUCAUGUUGCACCAAAUUCUGCCAAUAAUACAAUGGGCACUUCAAUUCAUCAUCAUCAUAGUAAUUCUCCUUUACCACCGGCUAGUGUUUCAUCAAAUGCUUCGAAUGAAUCCGAUAGUGGUGGCGGUGGUACACAUUAUUCCAAUGGUCAUGGUUUGAUGACUUCCACUGGUGUAAAUGACACAUUUGAAAGACAAUUCUGUAUGCGAAUGAAAUCUACAUUAACUAAACGUGGUUGUCAACAUUUUAAAUCAAGUGGAUAUCGAGUGGUCAAUAUUGUGGCACAUUUACGUGCCGAAAUGUUACGUCGUUCAACAACGACGUCGUCUGGACAAAUAAUGAAUGGAAAUUCUCAUUCCAAGAUAAUCGGUUUAGUUGCAUUGGCCAUUGCAUUACCACCACCAUCGAUAAAUGAAUUACGUUUAGAGCCGGAUAUGUUUGUCACCAGGCAUAGUUUAGAUUUUAAAAUAUUACAUUGUGAACAAAGAGUAACUGAACUAUUAAAUUAUUUACCCGAAGAAUUGAUUGGAAGAAAUUUCUAUUCAUUGAUACAUGGACAAGAUGUUACACUUAUGAAAAAAUGUCAUCUUGAUUUGAUACAUAAAGGUCAAUCAAUGUCCGGUUAUUAUCGAAUCAUAAAUAAAUCCGGUGGAUAUACAUGGGUACAAACCUGUGCAACACUCAUCUGUAAUAAUCCUCCAACAACCACCGCAUCAUCCGCUAAUAGCAACGCGCAAAAUAAAUCAUCCAGCAAUAGUAAUAAUAAUAAUAGUCCUGGUUCUAGUACACCAAAUACAACUACCGUUCCAAAUACGACGCCUGUUCCGCCUUCUGGUGGACAAGACGAUCAAGAACAAAGUGUAAUAUGUGUCAAUUAUGUUUUAAGUGCAAUAGAAUAUACUGGUAUCAUAAUGGAUACAUGUCAGAUUGGAAGCAAAAUUAUUACUACUUCUACUUCGCAUACUGGUAGUAAAAUUCGAUCAUUGCAUAUCAAGAAAUCUCAUUCAAGUUCACCUUCGCCGGAAAUAAUUGGAACUAAACUAAACAACGUAAUGAGACCAUCUGUAUCGAUAGAAUUGUCAAGUGGUGGCAGUGGAGCUCAAUGUCAAAUAACUGCCGCUAGUCAAAAUGAAUCACAUAUGACCCGUAGUCCAAGAUUAGCGUCUUCCCAUUCAAGUUCAUCGCCAAUGGAAUCACCAUCGGACAAUAUAAAACGUCGUAGGAUGAAUUCUAGUCCAGUCAGACCAUGGAAAUCUCCUUCGCCACCAAACAAUUCCAUGGGUAAUAUUGUUGUUCCAUCAUCCACCGCUAAUGAAUCGACUGUCAGUUCUACAUCGCCAAAUCUAUUACGACACAUAUCGGUUAUACGUGAAACACCGCCUAUUCUAAAACCACAAGUGAUGGCUCCUACACCGUAUCAUGCUCAUCAUCCUUAUCAUCAUUUAGUCGAUCAAUAUGCCGCUGCAUAUCAUUUGUAUAAAACUGGACCAAAUGGUGCUGCCAAUCCAAUUAGUCCACAAAAUAGCAAUCAGAAUGCAUCACCACAUCAAACCCAUCAUUGGAGUGCCUAUGGCUAAGAUCUCUAUUCUAUGAAGGGGAACAAUUUAACGACACGGUUGGAAGAUCAUCAGUUUGCCAAUUGAAUACGACCUGCAACAACCAGAUUAGAUUAGGACAUUCGUUGUCAUCGAUUGCCAAUACAUUUUACGAUUGUCUGUGUUGGCCAUGUCGCAGGAAACGAAGAUCAAUG